CCCGCCCUGUUCUCUUUCUGGUCGGGCCGGGCCCGGCUGGUUCCGCGAGCGCCCGGCAGAGACUGAGGGAGAGAGAGAGAGAAAGAGGAGGGGAGGAGGAGGAGGAUUCAGGGAGUAGGAGCUGGGGAGCCUUUCUGCGCCACAGUUCUUUCUGCUCAAGAAGUUAACUUGGUUUCUUAUGUGGAGAAGUAUAUCUAUUUUAAGAAAAUUUCUAAAGACUUGGUGAAGAUAAGAAAACUAUCAGAAAGGCAGCGGCACCAUUAUCCUGUAGUCACUUUUGGUCACAUUGUCCAGUUCUCAAAAUGUAUCAUUCCUUAUCUGAAACUAGACACCCUCUGCAGCCAGAAGAACAAGAAGUGGGCAUCGAUCCCUUGUCGAAUUACUCAAACAAGACUGGAGGAGAUUCAAAUAAAAAUGGAAGAAGAAGUUCUACUUUAGAUUCUGAUGGGACUUUUAAUUCCUAUAGGAAAGAAUGGGAAGAACUAUUUGUAAACAAUAAUUACUUGGCAACAAUAAGGCAGAAGGGGAUUAAUGGGCAGCUGAGAAGCAGCAGGUUCCGCAGCAUUUGCUGGAAGCUAUUUCUUUGUGUUCUUCCUCAAGAUAAAAGUCAGUGGAUAAGUAGAAUUAAAGAACUAAGAGCAUGGUAUAGCAACGUUAAAGAAAUACACAUCACAAACCCAAGGAAGGUUGUUGGCCAGCAAGAUUUGAUGAUCAAUAAUCCCCUUUCACAGGAUGAAGGGAGUCUGUGGAACAAAUUUUUUCAAGAUAAAGAACUGCGAUCAAUGAUUGAACAAGAUGUCAAAAGAACGUUUCCUGAAAUGCAGUUUUUCCAACAAGAAAAUGUGAGAAAAAUUCUUACAGAUGUUCUUUUCUGUUAUGCUAGAGAAAACGAGCAGUUGCUUUAUAAACAGGGAAUGCACGAGCUGUUAGCGCCUAUAGUCUUUAUCCUCCACUGUGACCACCAAGCUUUUCUUCAUGCCAGUGAGUCUGCCCAACCAAGUGAGGAAAUGAAAACUCUUUUGAACCCUGAGUAUCUGGAACAUGAUGCCUAUGCAAUGUUCUCACAGCUUAUGGAAACUGCUGAACCUUGGUUUUCUACUUUUGAGCAUGAUGGUCAAAAGGGGAAAGAAACACUGAUGACUCCCAUUCCCUUUGCUAGACCACAGGAUUUGGGGCCAACAAUUGCUAUUGUUACUAAAGUCAACCAGAUCCAGGAUCAUCUACUGAAGAAGCAUGAUAUUGAGCUUUAUAUGCACUUGAACAGGCUGGAAAUCGCACCACAGAUAUAUGGGUUACGAUGGGUCCGGCUACUGUUUGGACGAGAGUUCCCCCUGCAGGAUCUUCUGGUGGUCUGGGAUGCCUUGUUUGCGGAUGGCCUCAGCCUGAGUUUAGUUGAUUAUAUCUUCAUAGCCAUGUUACUGUACAUCCGAGAUGCUCUGAUCUCUAGUAACUACCAGACCUGUCUUGGCCUUCUGAUGCAUUACCCACUAAUUGGGGAUGUACACUCAUUGAUUCUUAAGGCUCUGUUCCUUCGAGAUCCAAAGAGAAAUCCAAGACCAGUGACUUACCAAUUCCAUCCAAAUUUAGAUUAUUACAAAGCACGUGGAGCAGACCUCAUGAAUAAAAGCCGGACCAAUGCCAAAGGUGCUCCCCUGAAUAUAAAUAAAGUCUCUAAUAGCCUGAUCAAUUUUGGAAGAAAGUUGAUUUCUCCAGCAAUGACUGCCCCAGGCAGUGCGGGUGGCCCUGUACCAGCAGGUGGUAGUGGCAGCUCUUCCGCUGCUGUGGUUCCCACCAGGACCUUAGCAGAGGUCCCCAGGCAACAUUUGCAGCAGCAGCAGCAGCAGCAGCAGCGACUGAUGAAAUCGGAAAGCAUGCCCGUGCAAUUGAACAAAGGCGAUGUAGUUACAGGAAGCGAUGCUCAGGUUUCUGUUCCUGUCCAGACUCUAACUGACCUCCAAGGACAAAGUUCUAAAACCAUCAGUUCAUCCCCAAGCACGGAAAGUUUGCCUGGAGGAAGAGAAUUCACUGGCUCCCCACCUUCAUCUGCUACUAAAAAGGAUUCCUUUUUUAGCAACAUCUCACGUUCCCGCUCACACAGCAAAACUAUGGGCAGAAAAGAAUCUGAAGAAGAAUUAGAAGCCCAAAUUUCCUUCCUUCAAGGGCAGUUGAAUGACCUGGAUGCCAUGUGCAAAUACUGUGCAAAGGUGAUGGACACUCAUCUUGUAAAUAUUCAAGAUGUGAUAUUACAAGAAAAUUUGGAAAAAGAAGAUCAAAUUCUGGUUUCUUUGGCAGGAUUAAAACAGAUCAAAGACAUUCUAAAAGGCUCCCUGCGUUUCAACCAGAGUCAGCUGGAAGCUGAGGAGAAUGAGCAGAUCACCAUCUCAGAUGACCACUACUGCUCCAGUGGCCAAGGCCAAGACCAGAGCAACCAAAUGCCUGGGGCCACCAAGCAGGCCUCUCCAGAAACACCAGGGAGCGUGGACAGAGGGAGCGCAGAUGACUUCAUCCUGGUCUCCAAGGAAGAUGAGGGAGGCAGUGCCAAGGGGUCCUUCUCAGGCCAUGCCCAGCCUCUUCGCACCCUCCGAAGCACCUCUGGAAGAAGCGAGCCCCUGGUUCGCUCCCCUCUGGUGUUCUCCGACCCUCUGAUGGGCCCUGCCUCAGCUUCCUCCAGCAACCCCAGUUCCAGCCCUGAUGAGGACAGCAGCAACAACAGCAAGGACUCUGGCUUCACCAUUGUGAGCCCCCUGGACAUCUGACCACAGUGCCCCUGGCCUCCUUCUUGGGGACUGGCCACCCCCCCCCAGCAGCCCCUGGGCCCGGCUGAGGCUUCCCCAGUGGAGCCCCCUCUGAAACCAACACUUCUUUCCCAGCAUGCCUGUGGCCUCAGUGCAACCCAUUGAAACCCUCUAGAGAGGGGCAGACGGCCACAGAGUACACAGACGGAUGUUCCCCAAAAUGCAGACAGGGCUUUCAGGGCCCUAUCCCACCCCACCUUUGCUCUGAGGUAGACGGGGGUUAAGUAUCCAGUAUCAUGCUGUCAAAAGAAGACCAAACCACAAUUCGAAUCAUUUUUCUCUAUCCCCUUCUCCCCUUCUCUGUCUCCUCUUCUCUUCUCCUUCUCCCCAUCUAAGAAUUAGGUGUGGCAACUCCAUUAAUUAUAACUAGAAGAAGGAAGAGUUGGUUUCAAAUCUUACCUCCCUCGGAGCAUCAGGCAUAGGAAAAUUGAUAUCAAGAAGGCUUUCUCUCUGGAAGUCUCUCUCUCAGCCUAUUUCAUUCCUCCUUUAGGAAGCCAUACAGCAGAGCCAAAUACAACAGAAUGGACUAGAACUGGUGGAUUCCAGGCUGAAAAAAACCCAUCACUGACCUCUCAGAAAGUUACAGUGACCUUUAGAAACAGGGUCUAAACUUAGAGUUUUUUUCAUUUGUUAAAGAGUAAGUUUCCAAACCUCAGGCCAGAUCAACUCGGACCAUCACUGUCCCUCCUCAGACGAUUGUAUUUCCCCCUUUAGAAUCUUUCAUGACCAGAAAACAAGGUCACAUUAAGCCAGACUUUGCUGCACUGAUUUCAGAAGUCAUAAGAAUAUUACUUCCUUCAAUUGGAAAAUGUGAUCCUGACUGUGGAACAGACAUCUCCCAGAUGGUCUGUUUUCUGGUGUAGUUUCUCUAGUUUCGGCGCUGGAAUACACCGGUCAACCUGUCAACUGAGAAGUAAAGGGAAAAACCCAAGCUCAUUCCCAUCCACAGUCAGGACCUCCCAUUGGCCUUAAAGUAGCAGUCACCGGGUACUUGACCUGGAUUCCCUUCUAGGGGAGCAGGGCUUCCCACAGAACGCUCCAGAAGUCAGGAAUACGUGGGACUUGUGCACAGCCCUUCCCUCGUUGGGAGGGCAGAGGAGCUGCAGGGCCCAGGGUCAGUUGUGCACCACGUCCAAGGCACCACUGCUGGGGUGGGACUGGCCCGGUGCCUUCCUGGGCUUCGGCACACAAUAGAGAUUUCCCCUUUUCAACUGGCAGCUUGUGGAAUCUUGCUGGGCAGAAAGCAUCAUAUGAGCUGUUUCUCUCCUUAAGAAGAAAGGGCCCGGAGAGGCCCCUUUCCCUGUCCUUUGUGUAAUCCAGACUUCUAACAGGAUAGCUGCAGUGUCUGCCCUGCAGUGACAGGUACCCAGGCCUUCCCCUCGGAGGAGGGCAAGGCCUCGGGGCAGUGGAAGCUUUCAUGUGAACCAGUGAAAGACUAGAUGCCGUUUACAGUCCUUCCCGCUGCUCGCCUUGUGUUUCUCUGCAGACUGUGUGACAGUGACCUGAUUCCCCACGUGCUCUCCAAGAAAGCAGUGAUAGCUGGGAGUCAGCUACUGUAGAGGGUUCCAGAUAGCUCUGCAGUUUGUCCUCAGACUCCAACAGGAGAACCUGUGAACACGUGAGCAUGGGAGAGGAGCACCAAGUCUGCUUUUGCUCAGGUGACAGGGUUGUUGGGCCUUCCAUGCUUACUCAGAGUCAAGCUGAUGAGUUCUCCGGCUCCCCCGUGGAGUGGCCUGCUUAGCAUCCCCUGGCAGUGACUCACGGGGUAAGUUACUGCCCUGCGUGGGUCACCUUGACCCCACUUUGUGUGCUCCCAAGGUCCCCAUGCAGUGACUGGCCUUGCAGCUACACACGGUUGCCAUUAUUUUUCCCUCAGAGGACCUGUUCGGGGCGUUGUCAGUGUUUUCAGUUCUAAGAAGUAUGGGGCUGCCCCCGUCAGGGCUCCCAAGACACAAGUAGAAAGGGCCAUGGAGAUGUUUGUCCCCUGGCAGUGGGUCCCAGUCCCCUGCUUUGCCCUGAGAGCUAGAGUCUGAUAGUCCAGCGUCACUGGGCCCACAGUGGCCACCAGACACCCACCUCCCCAACAAGGCUCUAGGCUCCUUGCCUGCAGUUGGCUGGGUGGUCAGCAGUCCUCGAAAACUCCCAGCCCUCCAGCACACAAGGGGCAGGUCCUCCAUUCUGUGCUUCCACGUUGGUGCCACAUGAGAACCAAGGGGGUCUCUCAGAGGCUUUGCUUUGUGGUCCCCAACGAGCCGCUCCCUCCUUGAAAGAAAGUAACAUGAGGGUGUGGGAGUGAGAGGUGGGCAGUGCCGCUCUCAAAUUCCCAUAGUCCGUGGGGUUUGAGGGUUGUUCUUACUCUCUUAAUCUUUUCAAGUGACUUGUUUUUAUUCUUCACAGUUGAGCAUUGUUUGCAUUUUUAUUAGUUAUAGUGCUGUUAAAGAAUG